CACUUGUAGACAUACGAGUCUAGAUACCCAACACAACAGGCAAAGUUGAUUUUAAUGAAGAUGGCAAUCAUUGCAGUGUGGACAUUUCUUCUAUUGACCUCUGGUGUGGCCAUAGCGAUGAAAACGGGUGGUUGUCGCUCUGUCUCUGCUCCGAUUCCCCUGAACAUGGUCAAUACCUCUGUUGACGACAUGUACAACGGCUGUAGACAGGAAAUGUCCGGGCUGGUAGAGAACACAUAUCUUGAGGAGGAGAGAAAAACAACUAAAAACUUCAACGCAUCCUGGACAAAAGCAGAAAAGUGUGCAAGAAACAGGACCAUUCAAGACAAUCUUAAACUGAAGCAUGUCCAGGCUAUCUGUGCUUACAGUGCAGGACACCUAGAAAUAUACAAAGAUUUUAACCAAGCAUGUCUCACCAACAAGAGCAUCUACACCUCUUCCUUCAAGUUCCACUCCCUGCAUUUCCUGCUGACUGAAGCUAUUCUCCUCCUGAAACAAAACCCAGACCAACAGGGCUGUUACACCACGUACAGAAGAACCAAAAUUGAGUUUGCAGGUGAAGUGAACAAGGAAAUCCGUUUUGGCUCAUUUGCCUCCAGCUCUUUCCUACAGAACUUGACACAUUUUGGAGAGAAGUCCUGCUUUGAAAUAAAGACAUGUUUUGGCGCUUACCUCAAGUCCUACCCAGUGAUGGGUGAAAAAGAGAAGGAGGUGUUGAUUCCGCCCUAUGAAGUGUUCAACAUUACUGCCGUGAUCAAGAAAGAAAAAGUGAAGGAUCUUUGGUGUGAUGUUGUGUACAAACUACAGAGCAACAAAACACAGAGUGACCUGAAUUGCAAAAUGGUGAAGUCGGUCCAAAUAGGGUGAAAUAAAACCAGCAUAUCUGCUUUUCUACAGUCAGUAAAACAUUAUCUGCAGGGUACAGUACACCCUUCCUCAAGUUCCCUCCAUCAUAACUAGAGAAUGAUCAAUCAUUCCAAAUCUCAGCUGUUAUGCUACUGUCAAAAUGGCGUGAUUUGCAUUGCUUGCUCAGUUAAGACAUUGCUUGCUCAGUCAAGACAUUGCUUGCACAUAUUACGAUUCUUCUUCUAUGAUAUUGUUGACAUUGUUUAGCAUGUGCAUGCAGCUUUUGCUUUGAUCAAAAAAGAAAAAAAUGAUUAUCUGAUAGAUUGUAAAUUAAAUGAAAGUAAUGUUAGGUUAACCUCUUUGUGUAUGAGAAGAGUAUACUUAUUUAGUUAUAACUAUCCACUGUGUUGGAUGUACUGUAUUCAGCUGUGCAUCUUCGCUGAGUAAACAUUUGAAAGUCA